GUUAUCGCUAAACUCACAUCAAAGCCCAUCUCAAGUCCCCUUCUGGAAACUUCAACUUGGGUCCUACAUUUUCCUCUCCCUCGUCUUCACCUUCCUCUUAUCUUCUUCUUCUUCUUCUUCUUCUAUAUCUCCUCCUUACCUUCCUUAGGGUUUCUCGCUCAAACCCUCACUUCUCAUCUCUCCCUCUGUCUAUUUCUGUUCAUUUACUACUCUCAACGCUUCCUCCAUCAGUUAUUAUUCCCAACUAAGCUCGAAAAUGGCUUCAUCCGCCGCCCAGAUCCACGUUCUCGGCGGAAUUGGAUUCGCUACUAAUUCUUCCAAGAGGAAUCUCAACGGUAAAGGCAAUUCCAUGCCUAGAAGCGCCUUCUUCGGCACCAGAACCGGUCCUUUCUCUACCCCAACUUCUGCCUUUCUGAGAAUGAGUAGCAGAAAUGGCGGCGCCUCUAGAUAUGCGGUAGGUCCGGUGCGUGUGGUAAACGAGAAGGUCGUCGGAAUCGAUUUGGGUACGACUAACUCCGCCGUAGCUGCCAUGGAAGGAGGCAAGCCUACGAUUGUGACCAACGCUGAGGGUCAGAGGACGACCCCGUCGGUGGUGGCGUACACGAAGAGCGGUGAUCGUCUUGUCGGGCAGAUUGCGAAGCGGCAAGCAGUUGUUAAUCCGGAGAACACUUUCUUCUCGGUGAAGAGGUUUAUUGGUAGGAGGAUGAACGAGGUUGCUGAGGAGUCUAAGCAGGUCUCCUACAGAGUUGUGAAAGAUGAGAACGGAAACGUCAAGCUCGAGUGUCCUGCCAUUGGCAAACAAUUUGCCGCCGAGGAGAUUUCAGCUCAGGUUUUGAGGAAACUUGUGGAUGAUGCCUCAAGAUUCUUGAACGACAAAGUAACCAAGGCUGUUAUCACCGUGCCUGCUUACUUCAACGACUCUCAGAGAACAGCAACGAAAGAUGCUGGUCGCAUCGCUGGGUUGGAAGUUCUUCGUAUUAUCAAUGAGCCCACUGCUGCUUCUUUGGCUUAUGGUUUUGAGAGAAAAAGCAAUGAAACAAUCCUAGUCUUUGAUCUGGGUGGUGGUACCUUUGAUGUCUCAGUGCUUGAGGUUGGUGACGGUGUGUUUGAAGUGCUUUCCACUUCUGGGGACACACAUUUGGGUGGUGAUGACUUUGACAAGAGAGUUGUUGAUUGGCUCGCUUCAAAUUUCAAGAAAGAUGAAGGCAUUGAUCUUUUGAAAGACAAGCAAGCACUUCAGAGGCUAACAGAAGCAGCAGAAAAAGCUAAAAUUGAGCUUUCCUCGCUGACUCAGACAAAUAUGAGCUUACCCUUUAUCACGGCCACAGCUGAUGGACCUAAACACAUAGAAACCACCCUCACGCGUGCCAAGUUCGAAGAAUUGUGUUCAGAUUUACUUGACAGGUGUAAGACUCCCGUUGAGAAUUCCUUGAGGGAUGCAAAGCUCAGCUUCAAAGAUAUUGACGAAGUGAUCCUUGUUGGUGGAUCCACACGUAUUCCCGCAGUUCAGGAAGUCGUCAGAAAGCUGACUGGGAAAGAACCUAAUGUCACUGUAAAUCCUGAUGAGGUUGUAGCUUUGGGUGCUGCAGUCCAGGCUGGUGUUCUGGCUGGAGAUGUGAGUGACAUUGUGCUUCUUGAUGUGACACCGCUCUCGAUUGGUUUGGAAACGCUUGGAGGUGUUAUGACUAAGAUCAUUCCAAGGAACACUACACUGCCUACUUCUAAAUCAGAAGUCUUUUCAACCGCUGCUGAUGGGCAGACAAGUGUUGAGAUUAAUGUGCUGCAAGGGGAGAGGGAGUUUGUCCGGGACAACAAGUCUCUUGGCAGCUUCCGCCUUGAUGGUAUUCCGCCAGCACCACGUGGAGUUCCACAAAUCGAAGUCAAAUUCGACAUUGAUGCCAACGGAAUUCUAUCUGUCAGUGCUAGUGACAAAGGCACAGGAAAGAAACAAGACAUCACCAUUACUGGUGCCAGUACAUUGCCCAAGGAUGAGGUAGACCAAAUGGUGCAAGAAGCAGAAAGGUUUGCAAAGGAUGACAAGGAGAAGAGAGACGCAAUUGACACGAAGAACCAGGCGGAUUCGAUUGUGUACCAGACGGAGAAGCAGCUUAAAGAACUUGGGGAGAAAAUCCCAGGUGAAGUGAAAGAGAAGGUGGAGGCUAAGCUACAAGAGCUGAAAGACAAGAUAGCAAGCGGAUCAACGCAAGAGAUCAAGGACACAAUGGCUGCUCUUAACCAAGAAGUGAUGCAGAUAGGCCAGUCCCUAUACAACCAGCCUGGAGCAGGAGCCGGACCAGGAGCUGCAGGUGCAGGUCCUUCCACUGGAGGUGAAGAUGCUUCAUCGUCAAGUAAAGGUGGAGAUGAUGUGAUCGAUGCUGACUUCACAGACAGCAAAUGAGAAAACGAACUAAGAUGGGUUGUGAAUUCAUACAUCCGAAGCUGUGGGUGUGUAAUGAUUUUGUAGGUUGGACACAUGAUUUUAAAAUACAACAUUUAUUUGUCGUUCGAAUGAAGCAGUGUGGUUACCGAGAGAAUGUUUAAUACGUAAUGAAAUGUUGUAGUCUUUUAUCUUCCACACGCUACAAGUGUUGUACAAUAUGGAUUGAAUUACCAGAUUGAAUUCUAAAUCAUGCUUGAACGUGGUUCUUAAUUUUGAUGUAAUAACAACAAACUAAUUAUACGAAACUAUUGUAAAAUUUUCAAA